CCUAAAACGUUUACAUUACAAAACACACAUAUAUAAUCUCUUACCCACUUUUCUCUCCUUCAUUGAUUUCUAAUAACUUCUUGAGUGAUCAAGUUGCUUCUUGAAAGACCAAACCAACACAAACUAAACUAUAUUGUAAUGGGACUUUCAUUGAGAGCGAGAAGGCGAGGAGGAAACAAGAAGGAAGUACAAGUUCCGGCGAUUUCUUGCUCUGAUGAGGAAGAUAUAACGAUCCCAUCGCAGUUCCAGUGUCCGAUUUCGUACGAUUUGAUGAAAGAUCCGGUGAUUAUCGCCUCGGGGAUCACUUACGACCGCGAAAACAUCGAGAAAUGGUUCGAGUCCGGGUGCAAAACGUGUCCCGUGACUAACACGGUUCUAACCACUCUUGAACAGAUUCCAAACCACUCUAUACGUAGGAUGAUUCAAGAAUGGUGCGUUGUCGCUAAAGGGUCAUCGUUAGGUCGUAUCCCGACGCCACGUGUCCCGGUCACCAGCCAUCAAGCCGUCGAGAUUUGUGGGAAGUUGUUGUCCGCAACGGGGCGGGAGGAUCAUGCGGCGUGUGUGGAGAUGGUCAAGAAGAUGAAGAGAUUAGGGAAAGAGAGCGAGAGGAACAAGAAAUGUUUGAAAGAAAACGGCAUCGGAUUAGUUCUCUGCGUUUGUUUUGACGCGUUUUCGGAAAACGCAAACGCGACGGAUUUGUUGGAGGACGUUAUGGUUUUGCUGACGUGGAUGUUUCCGAUUGGGUUAGAAGGUCAAGCGAGGUUGACUUCUUCGUCGUCGUUUAAGCGUUUGGUCGGUUUUUUGAGAGGCGGGGAUCAAAACGCUGCGAUUUUGGUGAAGGAGCUAUUAUCGCUAGACGAAGCAAACGUUCACGCGUUAGCCGCGAUUAACGGCGUCGAAGAAGCGUUGGUGAGAUCGAUUCGCGAUUCUGUAUCGUUAGCUUCGAUAUACCGGAUGAUCUCGGUUAAACCGGAGAUAACCACGAGGUUUCUGGGAUUGGAUCUGGUUAAUUUAACGGUGGAGAUGCUUGUUGAUUCGGAGAAUAGCGUUUGCGAGAAAGCGUUAUUGGUUCUAAACGCGAUUUGCGAGAGUAACGAAGGGAGGAGAGAAAUCAGAGGAAACGAAUUGGUGAUGCCGAUUCUGGUGAAGAAGAUUUUGAAGGUAUCUGAGAUUGCGAAGAAGGAUUUGGUUUGUGUGAUGUGGAGGAUUUGUAAAAGUGGAGAUGGAUCUGAGGUUGAAGAAGCGUUGAGAUUAGGUGCGUUUAAGAAGCUUGUUGUGAUGUUACAGGUUGGAUGUGGAGAAGGGACGAAGGAGAAAGUUACGGAGUUGUUGAAGAUGAUGAAUAUACAGAUGAAGAUGAAUGGGUUUGUUGAUAAUUCUGAUUCUUCAAUUGAGUUUAAGCAUUUAAAAAGGCCAUUUUAAUUCAAAGAACGAAAAUACACUUGUAUAUUGGAAAUAACCAUUUUUUUUUUCAAAUUAUAGACAAUAUUGUUGGAGGGAUAAAUAUUUUUAGAUUUUGCCAAAUGGAUUAAUGAAUGCUUAAUUAUACAAAUCCCGUUAUGGGAAUGUUU